AGCCUCAAAGAGCGUGCUCCUGCCAGUGCCUGAGGAGGCCUGAGGAGGACUUUUUGGACACCAAUGCUUGCCGCCGCCCCUUUGAAGGGGAUGGACGCAGUCGCAUUGGCAGGUGCAGAGCUGCGAGAGGCGGAUGAUGUUUCAACGCCUCCAAUGGGCACAGACGCGGGAGAGGAUUCAAAGGACGAGCAAACUGGAAGCACAGGAGGUAGCGACUCUGAUUCUCCUCUGGCCGUCACCGCGCUGCCGUCCAUCGGAUCAGCCCUGCAUGCAUCAGGGAAGUGCAGCCGAUGCUGCUUUUAUUUGAAGGUGCUGGACAGAAGUUAAGUGUCCCAAAUCUUACUGAGAUGAAAUUGUCGUUUUUUCCUUUUUGAGAAGACAUGCUUGAUAUUGUAGUUUUGGCAACUGUGCUUUCCUUUGCUUUCAGAGAAGACCUCCUUGUCACUGCACUGCACGAGUGAAGCAGCACUGACCCCAACACAGCGGACAGUAUUGAUUUGCUCAUUACCGCUGGAAAGUCCACCUUUGCCAAGACAGGAGUUUGUUCAAUCAGCAACAGAGAAGUCUUUGCCCGUUGAGCAUGUUUACUGGAUACUCCUACUGUCAGCUCCCACAUUGCUCCCAUCAAUUUCACCGCGUUUUGUUCCAAUGUUGCGAUCAACGACAUGGGAGCAGCACUUGUGCUGCGGUGCAGUCCGCACUGCUGCCAUCAACUCGGUGCCGAAUGCGAAGAAGAGUCCAUAGGCCUGGUAGGCUUUGAGAGCCUUAGUGUUUUGGAUUGGGGACAAGGUUUGGCCAAUGGAGAGCCUGUAGGGCGAAUCCUACAAGAGACCCUUCAUGUGAGCGACGUGGACAGAGAUUUGCUGUGCUUUGCAGCAUCCUCUGCAUUGACAGUGGUGCGAUGGUUGCUACUUUUGGGAGCUCGUCCGGAAGCUGCCGACAACAAUGGCACCACUGUCCUUCAUGCUGCUUGCCGCUCUGGUUCUUUAGCCGUGGUGAAACAGUUCAUCAAGCAGACGGCGCUGCUGAAUAAGCCCGAUGUUGCUGGUUGGACCCCUCUUCACAUUGCAGCCCACAUGGGCCGCCGCGCCGUGGUGGCCCGGCUCUUGCAAGCCAAAGCCACUCCUGGCCUGGCAAAUUCAAGAGGUCUCAAACCAUCUGACUUAUGCAAGGAUACCGUCACAUACCAAGCCAUCAUGCGGACGAUGACGCCUGAAGAGGUAAAUCCGCGACUCUUUACACGAGGCGUGCAUGGUCAGCAAAUCUUCACGGAGAAUACGGGAGUUGACGAUGAGGAGGGUGCCGAGGAAGGCUUUGACGACCUUGUUGGACUUCCCCAACAAUGCGAGCCUGAGCUCUUCUUUGUUAAUCCUAGGCCGGUAUUCGUCCAUACCGCGUCACACCGGAAGGGGUUAUUGGGACUUGCUGCUGCUGUGUUCAAUCUCCAGCCCACACAUGGGCUUGCCAUUAUGGUUCUCAGUGGCUUAGAGGAAGGCUACACUUCAGCCAUGAAGGUGUUGCUGAAGCAUGGAAAUGUCAGUCGAAGCAUGGCUGGCAGCUUCUUGGGCGAGCCUUUGUCAGUCUGCCCUUUGAUUCGCUUCAGCUUCUUUGACUCUCUGCCUCUUCUGAAUACGGGUGUCAUAUCCUGCAUGAGGACGGUAUUCUCAGCCCUAGGCAUUCCAGAGGAGCUCCAGAAAUUGGAUCGGCUCCUUUGGGCAGUUGCCAGUGUAUGGUGGCGAAAGCACAGAGCAUUGAAAGAAAGUGGGCGGGUUGCACCCAAAAGGGCGACAAAGGGUCCAGGCUCUGAACUGACUGGGUUAGACCUCCUGCAGUACCUCUCGGGUCAGGAGGCGCUGUACCAGCUUAUGCUGAGCAGCGUGCUCCUACACCGACGAAUCUGGGGAGGCUCUAAAAGCAUGCCUGUGGGACCUAUGGACUUUCAGGAAUGGUCUGAAUUGAAUCGCGGAAUCGAGCGACAGGGUGAGGAUGAUGUGCCUGAGCAUGUCCAGAACAAGAUCUAUUGCGACAUCACUGCUCAGCGCGUUCCUGAACUUUCCGCUUGGCCUGCCAACCAGGUUGUGGUGCCCGUUUCUGACAUUCCUGAAGAAGCUCUUCCAGGACCCGGUCAGAUGGCUGAAAUCACAGGGCAGAAGGUGCUUUCUCCACGUUGAGAAUCUGUUUUGCAGCAUCGAGCAUCGCUGGAAGGUUGGGUUUUUGUGCACAGCAGUGCCCUGUUGCCUGGCUCUGUGGGUUCUGAAUGUGUGACACAGGUAGAAGAGGAGAUCGAAAAUGAAAACCCUUGCAUUUGGGCAAGCUUGUGCGGUAUUUGCCUUGUCUUCUCUUCUCAGCCUCCUGGCAUUGCGGUUCCGCAUGCCGUGGUGGACUGUCGUCAUUUGCAAUUCCUAGACAUCUCGGAUGAGGCAAAACUGUAAUGUUUGCAGCUGAGGCCGACAGCUCCCUUGGACAGCUUGACAAGCAGGCGCAUUAGCGAAGAACUCGUCAGGGCUGCCAAACUCCUUCCAGAUGGUCGGUGGGAGGAGCUUUGCAUGUACAAGCUCAAGAUGAGUUUUGAAAGUGCCCAAGUGCUUGAUCUUUGGGUUCGAGCACUCAUGCAGAAGCCAUGCGAUGCAAUGUUGCCCGACUACCUGCACAGUGGAAGUGUUCUGCGAGUCCGAGCAGAUGUGACGGAUGUUAUGACAUCUGCGUUUAAUGGCGAAGAAAGCAGCCGGAAAGACCUGCCACUUUUUUCUGCCGAUGAAACGGAGGAGCUGCACGAAGUAUCCUUUGUAGGCGUUCUGUGAUGUCCAGUCCGCAAGUCCUUGGAUAAUGACCUUGGUGCAGAUGAACUUUCUAGUCCUUUUCCGG